AUGCCGUCAAGCUUGCAGAAGAAUCGUGCCCGACCAGAUCCAGUUUCAUGUCAGUCAUGCCGGUCGAAGAAGUUGAAAUGCAAUCGUGUUCAGCCCUGUACAAAUUGCACUGCACGAGGUAUUCCAUGCAAGUUCCUGGUUCCGCCUCAGAAACAAUCGUUGGCAAAUAUCACCUCAAGAGGCAAUGCCGAUCUCCUAGAGAGAAUUGAACGGCUAGAGGCUGUGGCUCUGAUACCUUCAUCUGCGCAGACUCUUUCGAACCAUGUGACAGACGACACCUACACAGGCCCGACUCUGGUAGCUAAGCCAGAUUCGGGAAAUAUGCUGGUAUCCGACGAACAUAAGAUUCGAGACGAAGAUUCGCAGGUACUUGAGAAUGUUGGCACUCGAGAGGACACGGUGCUCUUCAGCCUCUCAGAUGCCCUCGUCAUAAGGAUAGCGAGCACGAAAGAUGAACUUAGCGAAGGAACAUCUUCACACCACACAAUGCAAACAGCGAGCUAUCCUCAAGCGAAUGGGAACGUGAUCAUAUUUCCACCUUUCAAUAUGGCGAUGCAACUUUUUCAAUGUUACGAGACUUAUGUCGAUCAUAUAUCGCGCAUACUACACAUCCCAACAGUUCGAGCUCUUAUCAAGACUGUUUAUUUGCGACUAAAUCAAGGCAAGCCUAGUCCACCUGGUCAAACCGCACUGCUGUUGUCUAUAUUUGCCCUCAGCGCGGUGUUCUACCAAGCCUUUGAGCAGUCUGAAGUAGCCGCUAGUGAGGAAGAAGCUGUUAAUCUCGCGAGAGCAAUGGCAAAGGGGGCCUUCGAUGUCCUAGAUUAUGCGCGUCGAAGCACUUCAGGCACAUUGGAAGACAUUCAAGCUUACAUUCUGAUGUCUCAUGUGACCUUUCACUUCGACGGAUUUUCAGCGAGAGGUCGCCUGCUUUUCGCGACUGCCGCUGCAAUUGCAAAAGACUUGUGUUUGCACAAAUUGGAUGCGAAUCAGUCCGUCAAUCUGGAUACUAGUAUUCGCUGCAUGAUUGAUAGAGAGGUCAAACGGAGAUUAUUCUGGUACCUCGCAGCCUCAGAUUGGUUAUCGGCAGCAAUAUCUGGUCCUCAGGAGGGUACGUACUCGAUUCACCCGGGUCAUAUCAAUGUCCAAAUCCCAAGAAACUGCAACGAUGAUGAUUUUGGGAUGGAAGAGGAGAAGGAGCCGGAUUCCGGACCACAACCCACAAGUAUGACAUACUUCAUCGAGAAGAUUCGACUCGCCCAUAUCUGUCGUGAAAUCGUCGAUACUGUGCCAAUGGAUGCCGUCAAACUCCAGCAAAUGCCAUAUGAGAACAUCAUCGUAUUGGACCAAAAAUUGACAAACUUCAUUGACAACCUGCCUUAUUUCUUCAGACUCGACAUCGAUAGUCGCCAGCAAAGUCAACCGCUGGAAAUGAUCUACCCAAACAUCCAGCUCCAGCGCUACUGCAUCAUAGGAGCCGUGCAUAGCAGAAGAUGCAAAUUGCACCAGCGAUUUCUCCUACGCCAGUCAUCGGACCCUCGCUAUUCUUAUUCAAGGCAAGCAUGUCUUGAAUCAGCACGAACUGUUCUGCACUUCUACGACGGGAUCUCAGACCAUCAUCCGCCGCGAACAAUGCUACACGGCGUGGGAAUAGCAAUGCAUUAUAUGCAUCUGGCAAUGGUAGUACUUGUCAUGGACCUGUGCUUCAACAAGAUUCAGGCAGAUGAGGUUACGAUUAAAGAAGAGGUGAAAGCUGGCUUACAAUUGUUCGAGAGCACACGGCAUCAAUCACCGCUGCUCAAACAAUUUGGGAGCUCUCUGUGCCAUGUGAUGAGCAAGCAUAAUGUGGACCUAUCAGAUUCGAUGGGCUCCUCGCCUCACCGGGGUGUCGACCAUGACCGAAAUAGUAACAGUGCACCGUUUGAUGUUGCGGCGGGAGAGAAUUCCCAGUUUCCUAAUUUUCAGAAUGACAUAGCUCAUCCUGUCGAGUUUCUAGACCCCUCCUUUGAUGAGAUCUGGCAGAGGACGAUAGAAACGGAGCCAUGUGCUGAUUUAUCUGCUUGGGAUAGUAUGUUCUCAGCAAUUGACGAUAGACCGCUCUAA